AAUGUGAUUACAUUUGCAUUGAUUCAAUUAAUGUGAACUGUGUCUAAGGCCCAGGGUGAUGACUGACUUGUUUUCAUGAAAUCUAACAAAGAUGGGCGUUAGCUCCUUCUUGCUUCGUUGUCUUGAAUUGGCUGUGAGCUCAAACUCCAAUUCGCUGGCUUUCAGAGGAGGCGGUGCUGUAAAACAAAACCAUUCAGAACCAAGCCCCAAAAUGAACAGAUUUCCCAGAGCUCCACCUGUAUACGUAGAGCCAAAAUGGCCGCCACGGAACUCAGUUGCAGUGUUCGUUUUGUUUGGCUGGCUUAGCCCGGGUGGGCGGGACCGUUGUGGGGCAGGAGUCACAUGAUCCGUACAGAGCCAGGUUGACCAAUUCCAAUAUGGUGGCCAGCUUGGCAGGUCUAUGGUUCCUGUUGAAGAUAGUGUUGUUCUGCGGGAUCAGGUACGGCGCCUGCAGCCAAGAGGCUCCACUGGUGCUGGGGCUGCGACUGGAGAGCCCGGCGGGCCUGGUGUGCAUGAAGGACCGCAUCAUCUCGGCGCCAGAAGGAGCCACGUUCAAGCUCCGUCUCUACGGGACUGAGCUGAAUGGAAGCUGGCCGUGGGUGGCGUUUGCUGGGGCAGCUGGCGGAGCGGCAGGGGCGGUCGGGGAUGCGCCUGACCCCUGCGGACAGGAGUCCAGCCGUGGGCAGUCUGCCUUCCAGGUGACGGGGGUGUUCACCCCGGAUGAGAAAUACAGCGGGCUCAUAACGGUGAAGGUCCGAAAAAGGAGCAUCUCUGCGGGGGUCGGCAGCGGGAAGUCCUACUACCACCUGUGCGUGCUGAGCGGGGGGAAAUGGGCUUCUUCGGGCCCGGACCGGCUGCGGAUCAACACCGACACCGGGCUGCCCGCAGACUACAUCCCGCCCUGGGGGCUGGCGGUGCUGGUAGUGUUGCUGCUGCUGGUGUGCGGACUGCUGAGGACAGUGAACCUCAGCCUGUUGUGGCUGGACCCCGUGGAGCUGUAUGUGCUCCACAGCUGCGGGUCCGAGGAGGAGAAGCGGGCCGCCAAGCGCCUGGAGCCCAUCAGGAGGAGAGGGAACUUCCUGGCAUGCUCUCUGCUCUUCCUGUCGGUCCUGGGCCACUCGGUCCUCGGGGUCCUGCUGUACCGGGCGCUGGGCUCCAUCCUCUCCGCCGUCUUCACCAGCGGCUUCCUCAUCUUCCUCCUGGCUGAGCUGGUUCCUCACAUCCUGUGCUCCGGGUACGGCUUCCAGCUGGCGCCAGGUCUCACCUGGCUGGCCCAGGUCUGUCUGGUGCUCACCUUCCCCCUGUCCUGCCCCCUGGGACUGAUCCUGGACCUGGCGCUGAGGAGGGACAUCACCACCUGUGGGAUCAGGGAGAGGGCCAUGGAGAUGAUCCGCACCAGUGUCAAUGACCCUUACAGUGAGUUUGUGAAAGAGGAGUUCAGCCGCGGGAUGCUGCGCAGUAAGACGGUGGAGGACAUCCUGACCCCGCUGAAGGACUGCUUCAUGUUGCCCAGCUCCGUCAUCCUGGACUUCUCCACCAUGUCGGAGAUCAUGCAGAGCGGGUACAACAGGGUGCCCAUCUACGAGGAGGAGAGGUCCAACAUCGUGGAGAUCCUGUACGUGAAGGACUUGGCUCUGGUGGACCCGGACGACUGCACCCCCAUGACGACUAUCACCAAGUUUUACAAUCACCCAUUGCACUACGUCUUCAACGACACAAAACUGGACGCCAUGCUGGAGGAGUUCAAGAAAGGUAACUCUCACAUGGCCAUCGUGCAGAAGGUAAACAACGAGGGGGAGGGGGAUCCUUUCUACGAGGUGCUGGGAUUGGUCACGCUGGAGGACGUCAUCGAGGAGAUCAUCAAAUCAGAGAUCCUGGAUGAAUCUGACGGCUACUUGGACAGGAAGGUGAAGCGGCCCCUCGCCCCGCUGGAGAUUUCUCUGGAGCCUCGAACCGUUCACGAGGAGUUUUCUCUCUUCAAGCCUCCUGAGGGAGAACCCAAGAUCCGAACAUCCCCACAGCUCCUGCUGGCCACACACCGCUUCCUGUCCAGAGAGGUGUCACACUUCAGCCCUGGACGUGUUUCUGAGAAGAUCUUGUUUCACCUGCUCCGUCACCCCAGUGUCAACCAGGAAGUGCACUUUGACCCGACCAACCGUCUGAGCGCGGCUCACUACCUGUACACACGCAACCACCCGGUGGACUACUUCAUCCUGCUGCUGCAGGGUCGUGUGGAGGUCGAAAUCGGGAAAGAGGGCCUGAAGUUUGAGAACGGAGCGUUUACAUACUACGGCGUGUCUGCGCUCACGCUGCCAUCUUCAGUGCAUCAGUCUCCUGUGUCGACCCAGUGUCAGUCUCCCAGAGAUCCGUUCGAGUCAGCAGACGGCACCAGCCCAUCCAGUUAUUGUCCCGACUACACCGUCCGAGCUCUCACUGACCUGCAGCUCAUACGCGUGACACGUCUGCAGUAUCUGAACGCUCUCAUGGCGUCCCGGGUCGGUCAGAGUCCUGAUCCUCCAGAGAUCAAGAUCCUGCCCAACAGUCAGACCAAGCUGCUCAACGAGAAGAACACCACACAGCAAGGUGGCAGUAGCGCCCAGGAGAGCUCCACAGAAGAAGAGGCUCAUGGGUAAUGCGGUUCUGACCUGCUCCAACCCAGUAGAGAUUUUAGUUUGUUUUAUUAAUGACUCAUCUAUGGCUGGAACGUAGUUAUUGGACAAGACUGGAGUGAGAGUGAUUUUAUUUGUUUUGUAGAUCCACUGCUCACAUAUCUCAUUCCUUUUUUGUGAUUUUCAUUGCAAUAUUAUUUGAUGCUGUUUCAUACACUUUGAACUAUAUUUCUUCCAGGUUUGUACUAAACUCUGCAUUGCCAUGAUUCCUCACUUGUGACUGUCUGGGUGCCAAAGCUACGUGUGUGUGUGUGUGUUGUCUGUACCCGUGUGUGCAUCCGUCCGUUUGAGACAUUAAAAAGAAAUAACACAGGUUGGUUAAAAGCAGAUUUGCACAUUGAGGUUGUGCACUGUAGAUAGUCUUAAGCUAUUUUUCAAGCUGUAAGGUACGUCCACAUUUUUCUACCCUCACACAACAUUGCUGUCAGACACAAAGGUGUGUAUGUUCAGCUUCCAGUGGUUAGUUUAUCAUUUAAAUAUUCAUUAAGUCAAGUGAAGGGUCUGUGGCCAAGGAUGUAACCAAAGUAAAAAGGAGACUAAUAUUUUUGUAUCGAUGCUGAAAUUGAACAAACUAAAGGGCCUCUAGAUGAAGAUGUUGGUUGUAAAAAGAGCUGAAACAAUGAAUACAUUCUCAGAAAAGAAUCAGCAACUAUUUUAUUAAUCAACUAAUUGUCUUAGUUGUAAAGAUAUGCUGCUAUUCUUUGUCUUAUGUAUAGAAGUUGAAUAUUUUGUGUUUUGAAAGACACAACAAGGCAUUGGAAGAUGUCACUUUGGUCUUAAAUUGGGCAGAUUUUCCCCAUUUUCUGACAUUUCAUAGAUUGAACAAACUCGGCAAAAGCAGGAAAUCGUCCAACAUCAGUGUUUUCUUUUGGUACAGUAUCCAAUGUCUGGGCAGCAUAUAGUUCCUACAUUCAUAUUGUGUUCAGUUGCAUGUGGUCAAACAUUAAACGUUUGCUUUUUAGGUGAAGGGAGGAUAAAACGUUUUGUAGAAAGAUGUGAUUCGAUUAGUCUAUUGAAGGAUUAUUAAU